AUGGAGAGAGACAGUAAUGAGUGUCCCGUGACCGUUACCGGUCCUGGCCCGGUUCCGAGCCCCAACGGCACGCUCGGGCGGCGCAUGCAGGGCUGGUGCGUGCUGCUCCUGGCCGCUGGGAUGCUGGUAACCAUGGCAACGUGGAGCACACCUGUAGCAGUGUCCAGCCUAUCAGAGAGAGGAAUGCCUGAGGCUGCCGCCAGAAUAGGCUCAGCCACCAAUAGAACAUCGCCUUCAUCACUGUCAUCAUCGUCAUCAUCGCCAUCUCAGCGUUCGGAAGGAGGAGGCAGACGCCACCCUCACUCUCCCUCAGGACCCAGACAUUCCAAAAAGGCCGGCGGCAGCGGCAGCAGUCGUCACAGGGGGGCACCCUCGAACCUCGACGGUAACCGUGACAGCACUGGCGGUAACCGUGGAGAUGGUGGACUUGGUAACCGUGACAAGGACAGUGGAGGAGGUCGCGAGGAUGACGGUGGGGCCCAGGGCAUCCACCUGCUGCUGCGGCCCCCGGAGCUCCUGGUGCCCAGCCAAGGGCCCCUGCUGCACUCCAACCAGCCCGCGCCUGCGCCCGACACGCCCCACACCACCCCGAGCCUAGCGCCGCCACCGCCCGACGACACCGAGCCCUCGCCCACCGCCGAGGACUGGGGCUCGGGGGACUACUUGGAGACGCUCACCUUCAUGGGCUCGGACGGCGAGGACCUCUCCCUGACCUCCAGCCUGCCCACGCACACCGUCACGCAGCACGCGGCCACGUAUGACACAUCGUUUCCUGCCCGACCAACGGUGCCUCUCGCCACCAUCACGCUCCCACCAACGGUUGCCCCCGACGACCCUCGUCUGCCCCCGGAGGCGGGGCUUGACGACGAGCUGGAUUUUGAUUGGGCGGAGAUGUACCCCAUCGAGCCCACCGAGGUGUUGCUCCCGGACAUGAACAGCCUGGAGUACUACAACAUGCUGCAGAACCGCAACGCGCCCACCCCUGCCAAGCCUGCCACCAUCCGCCCUACGCCCUCGCAGUCCCCGCCCAUCCUCCGAGCCCCUCCCACGGACACCCACAGGCCCUCCCUUCCCAAGCCCACCCCCCAUUCCACCAUGGGCAUCGCACGCCCACCGGGACCCCCUGCCAUACCCCCUCCCGCCCCGACGUUGCCCCGCAAACCGACCACCCAGGAGAUCACCAUUAAGCCCCCCCAUCGCAUGCCACUGCCGCCCCACCCUGAUAGCACUUCCUCCCGGGGGCCUGUGCCUACGACUCCCAAGAUGCCCCUGGUUCCUCCCAGCAGGCAGCCACUCUGCAACACCAGCAGGCCUGACAUGUACCUGGUGCGAGUGGGUAUGCCCGUUGGCACCUCAGUGUCGUUUGCCAGAGCGCACGUCAGAGACCUGCUGAGACGGGAGUUCAACCGCACCGUGGAGCUACAGGUGCUGAAGGCCCCUCCUGACUUCAUCUUCCGCACGGUGGCUGGUCCGCUGGUCUUCACGGCCGUGUCCGUCAUCAACGCUCUCCGCCAAUCAGCACGUGGCUCCGCCUCCAACAGCAUCCUCUCUGUCACCUCCAUCUCCGCCACCGUUCCCGACUACAAACACCUUGCGCACUCAGUGCUGCAGUUUGUGCCAGGCCACGUGGACGUGCGUGUGUGUACCUUCAGUGAGCAGGUGGAGCGUGGUUUACUGACGGCGUACGGAGAGGUGCGCAGGAGAUACCAGGAGAAUGGCAGCUUUACUAUAGAGAUUGUCAACAUCACCAUCAGCGUGGGCAAGGCGCAGCGCCAGCAGCAGAGGGCGCCGGUGGACAUCACCUUCGCGGUGCGGGACGAGCGCGGCUACCUGACGGGGGCGGAGGUCAGCGGACACCUGAGGCAGCUCAGCAUGGUGGAAUACAGCUACUACCUAGGAUACCCUGCAGUGCAGAUAGCAGAACCGUAUCAUUACCCUGAGCUCAAUAUGACCCAUCUGCUUCGCUCCUCGUGGGUAAAAACGGUGCUGCUGGGUGUGCUGGAUGCACGUGUGAGUGAGCGGACGUUUCAGGCCAAGAUGGAGCGGCGCCUAGCCCAGCUGGUGGGGGAGGGGCUGGGCUUCAACCGGCGCUGGAGGAGGGCCACUACCAUAGGCAACAACAGUGUACAGGUGGUGCGUGCGAUGCGCCUGGAGGGCUCCGACCAUCCCCUGGAGCUGGUGUACUUUGUGGAGGGGGAGUCGGGAGAGAGGCUGCCGUCCCACACCACCGCCGCCCUGCUGAACCGCAUCAACCUGCAGAGAGCGGCCAUCGUGCUGGGCUACCGAGUACAGGGGACACUGCUGGCCCCUCUGUCCGCAGCCGCCCUCUCCCCGUCCGAGACGCAGCGCAGCAGCGUGUGGCUGGUGGUGGGGGUGGUGGUGCCGGUGCUGGUGGUGCUCUUCAUCAUCAUCAUCCUCUACUGGAAGCUGUGCCGCUCCGAGAAGCUGGAGUUCCAGCCCGACGCCAUGAGCACCAUCACGCAGAGGCAGAAGGUCCGAGAGGUCAGCAGAGAGAAGCCAUCUUGUCUUGUCUUGUCUUGUCUUGUCUUGUCUUGUCUUGUCUUGUCUUGUCUUGUCUUGUCUUCAGAGCUCCAGGCGCCGAGUGUGAAGGGUUUCGACUUUGCCAAGCUGCACCUGGGCCAGCACAGCAAGGAUGACAUCAUGGUGAUCCAAGAGCCCGCCCCCCUGCCCCCCCAGGUCAAGGAGGCCACGCCCUCCGAGGGCGGAGAGCUCAACACCCCCAAGUCCAAGAGCUCCUCCACCAAAGUCUCCCGCAGCGCAAACAGGAGGAGGGGAAGGUUGUCUCCAUCUGACGGCGACUCAUUGGGCAGUGAGGCAUCAAGUGGGCGGGAGUCUGCAGAGGAGAGUACACGGCCAGCUGCCACACCCAAUGAAGGGAAGCAACAUCGCAAGGGCAAACACUCAAAGAGCAAGCUUGCAGCGGGCGGCAGCGGUGCGGACGAGCAGCUGUCAUCCUCGUCCAUCUUUGACCACGUGGACCGCAUGUCGCGCGGCUCCUCGGAGGGCGCCGCGCGCCGCCAGCAGCAGGUCGCCAAUAGCAACAAGAUCCAGCUGAUCGCCAUGCAGCCCGUGCCCAGCCCGCCCACGCCCACGCACCAUUCGCACGGGCACCACCACCCGCACCACCAGCACGGGCAUCAUCACGAACACGCGCACCACACGCACACGCACACCUACACGCUCACCGAGAGAGGGCCGGACGGCACACAGGUCAACACUGAGAUUGCGGUGGCGUUGAGGCACAAGUCGGAGAUCGAGCACCACCGCAACAAGAUCCGUCUGCGGGCCAAGAGGAAAGGCCUGUACGAGUUCCCCUCCAUGGAGGACAUCAUGGCCGCCUUCGGGGACAGCGAGGAGCAGCAGCGCGUCUGUCAGCAGAUCCACAAGAUCCUGCACCCAGAUUCACCACACGCACACUUGGCCAGCGCGCACGGACACAGGAGGAGUCAUCGGGGUAGGCGUUCCCCACGGCAGAGGCGUGGCCACCAGCCUGUGAUUGGCAGUCUGGAUAAGGACCGCCUCCUCAGCGACAGAGACGCCACCUACAGGAAGUACCCAGGAGUCAACAAUGUGGCAUAUGUGUCGGACCCUGAGCACCUGGCUGCAGGUAGCCCCUCCCCUGACGAGGUCUUCGUCCCCGGAUCGCCUCCCUCUGGACCCGCCCCUGCCCCGCCCUCCUACCAGCCCCCACAGCCAACCAUAGAGGAGGCUCGUCAGCAGAUGCUCUCGCUAUUGGACGAUGCCUUCGCGCUGGUGUCUCCCUCCUCACAGGGUAGCCCCGCCCCGCUGGCCCUCACUGCGGUUGCCGGGGUGACAGCAGGAGGACUAAUGGGAGGAGGAGUGGGAGGAUUGGGAGGAGGCAGGGUCAGUCCUCUUCCUUGUCCCGCCUCCCCACCACCUCGACCAAUCAGGCACUGGGGCUCGGCGCCCUCACACAGCCCCUUCUCUGCGAGGUAUGCAGAACUGGGGAUGUCCCCAACCUCUGUACAGGGUCUCCUCCACAGGCGAGCGCUGGGGUCGGGCUACCUGCCGUCUGACGUGUACUCCAGCAGAGGGCAGUAUGGAGAGGAGCCGCCCUGCUCUUCCAGACCACGGCCUGUAGGGGGCAGCACAGGUGCACAGCUGCAGCAGCUGACCCAGGUGGGCCUGUCCAGUCGUAUGGGCGUGUAUGGAGUGGGUCGCAGCGUGUCCGGCCCGUCCGGCUGCAGCUGGCUACAGUACCGCUCAGACGACGACGAGCCGCGGGCUGAGUCCGACAGAGACAACAUGCUGUCCUACUCGUCCGAGUACUCGGCCUCGCCUCUGUUCCAGAUGCCUCGCACUGCCCUGACGGAUCCCUCCAACCCCCCCACGCCCACCUACUCGCCCCCCGCCCCGCCCGAGAUCCCGGCGCCCGAGCCGCCCUCGCCCUCCCAGUCCUCGGCCUCCCUCAUCAAGGCCAUCAGGGAGGAACUGCAGAGACUGAGUCAGAAGCAGACGCCUACCGUAGCGCCCUUCCGCAGCUAACACACACACACACUAUAGCAUACACACACACACUAUAGCACACACACACACAAAUACACACCGUCAGAAGCAGACUCCCGGUAUAGCGUCC